GCCAGGAUGAUCGAGGUUGUUUGCAACGACCGUCUGGGGAAGAAGGUCCGUGUUAAAUGCAAUACUGAUGACACCAUUGGGGACCUUAAGAAGCUGAUCGCAGCCCAAGCUGGCACCCGUUGGAACAAGAUCGUAUUGGAGAAGUGGUACAGGAUUUUUAAGGACCACGUGUCUCUGGGGGACUACGAAAUCCAUGAUGGGAUGAACCUGGAGCUUUGUUACCAAUAGAGCAGAAUUCCUUUCGCCUGCCCUUCUCUCUUCUCCCACCCUCACCCCUCCACAGAUAUGGAUGCUUGUUUUUGAAAACUGAUGUUAAUAAAAGUUUAGAGGCUG